GAAAGCUUCUCUCUUCUUCUCUGUCUCUCUUUCUUUUUCUGUCAUUUUGUUUUUGGUAAUUAUGCUGAAAACAACGAUUUCUCCAAUUUUCUCAUCGUUUACGUGUAAACCCAAGACUUCGAGGUUGAUUUUUCAAGCUUUUAGUAAGGUUGUUCUUCAAGAUACUCCACCAAGUGCUCGACGAAAUGCGUCAACCAAUCUGACUACGUUACAUCAAGGUCCACCAACCUCGGCUUACGUUCAUCUUCCGUUUUGUCGCAAACGCUGCCAUUAUUGCGACUUCCCAAUCUUAGCUCUAGGCACGUCUUCUUCUUCUUUAACCAGUCCGUCUAAUGUCUACGAGGAAGGAAAAGAAGAUGACCCGAGAAUCACAAACUAUGUGAAUCUGCUUGUUAGAGAGAUAAAGGCGACAAGAAUGGAUUUUGAUACGAACCCGAAUCUAGAGACGGUGUUUUUCGGGGGUGGGACGCCUUCUCUUGUUCCUCCAAAGCUUGUUUCUUUGAUCCUGGAAACAUUGAGUUUGAAUUUCGGGUUGAGUCCAGAUGCUGAGAUAUCAAUGGAGAUGGAUCCAGGCACGUUUGAUGGUCAGAAACUGAAGGAGUUGAUGAAAUUGGGAGUGAACAGAGUGUCUUUAGGAGUUCAAGCAUUUCAAGAUGAGCUUUUGAAAGCUUGUGGAAGAGCUCAUGGUGUCUCUCAAGUGUAUGAAGCAAUAGAGUUUGUUAAAGAAUGUGGAGUUGAGAAUUGGAGUAUGGAUCUUAUAUCUUCACUGCCUCACCAGACAUUGGAGAUGUGGGAAGAGAGUUUGAGAUUAGCUAUCGAAUCACAGCCCAAUCAUGUUUCUGUAUAUGAUCUGCAAGUCGAACAAGGCACAAAGUUUGGAAACUUGUACACUCCAGGACAAUCCCCUCUUCCUUCAGAAACACAAUCUGCAGAGUUUUAUAAAACAGCAUCAUCAAUGCUCCGUGGAGCGGGUUAUGAGCAUUAUGAAGUCAGCAGUUACUCGAAAGAUGGGUUCAAGUGCAAACACAACUUGAUAUACUGGAAGAACAAGCCAUUCUAUGCUUUCGGUUUAGGUUCGGCGAGUUAUGUUGGAGGGUUGAGGUUUUCAAGGCCAAGGAGGCUAAAGGAAUACACAAACUACGUCGCUGACUUGGAGAAUGGCGCAGCAAACUGGUGUGGAAAUGGUGAUGUUGAUCUCAAGGAUGUCGCGACAGACAUCGUAAUGCUAUCUUUCAGAACAUCAAAAGGGCUUGAACUUAAGGAGUUUGGAGAAGCUUUUGGCAGCGAGGUAGUGAAAUCGAUCUGUAAAGUAUAUGAGCCUUAUGUGGAGAGUGGGCACAUUGUUUGUUUGGAUGAUAUGAGAAGCGAAGUGAUGAGUGAUGAAUUCAAAACCUUAGUUGCAAAUGAUGAAGUGAAGAUUGAGGAUCAUGUGAGGUACCUUAAACUGAAAGAUCCAGAUGGUUUCCUCCUUUCUAAUGAGUUGAUAUCUCUAGCGUUUGGCGUGGUAGCUCCUUAAACCUUAAAGCUACUAACAAACAAAGGUUGUUUUUAUACAUCCAUACUGUUAUAGAUUGUGUUUCAAACUGGAUGUUAUCAUUGAUGUGUAUGAAGAUUCGAUAAAAUUACAGAGAAAAA